AUGCAUGUAGCUGUCUUUGAAAAACUUUUGGCCAAAGUGGAGCCAGUAAUAAGGCGACAGAAUCGUUCCGAUGGAAUGUCUGCAGAGCGUCGUCUUAUAGUAACAUUGCACAUAAAGCGAGAUUUUUAUGUUAAUGAUUUAAUGAGUGGUGCUAACUCAGUUGAUGAAUGUAUUAAUUUGUCUAAAAGUCUUGCAAAUGUAUUAGAGAAAGGUUGUUUUAAACUCAGGAAGUGGUUUUCAAAUAGUCCGGAAGUUAUGGUUGCUUUAGAUGAAGAACUUCAAUCUUCUGAUAUCGUUAACAUGGGAAAACAGGAAAACGCUAAAUCUUUAGGUUUAUCAAAAGAAAAUAAUAAUAAUAAUAAUAAUAAUAAUAAUGGCGUUGGAAAUCAACCUCUCACCAUCCAAAGCGCACAAGUGCGAACAGGGCGUAUGCGAUGGACUAAAGAAAACAAUAUUCAGUUGAUGUACGCAUACUAUAAAACUACAAACAUAGAGACGGACAUGACACUGUAUCGAUCAAGGAUGCACAAACUAUGGACACAACUACAACCCAAUAUACCUCGAACGGAACAAAAUCUUGCUAGCCAAGUAAAUUCUAUUCUAAGAAGAAAAGCCUUGUCUCAGGCCGAACUCGAACACAUCAAAAAACGAGUUACGGAUGAGGCAGGUGCAGCAACAGGGAAUAUAGAGACGCGGCAAAGUGAUGAUGCAGCAGCAUCGGAUGAGAAAGAUGAAAACACCACUCAAGAACUAAAACAGCAACAGCUAAUCCGCAAUCUUGCGAGUGAAGAAUGGGACUUAAAGUUAUCGGCUAAUAUUUUAAAAUACGAAGGACUGUCAGAUGAAACCCGACCUUCCAUUCCAAAAAUUAAAGUUAAUAACGAAGUGAUGAGAUCUGUGAAAGAGAUAAAUAUUCUUUUAGAACAGAAAUGCCUAGCCUGCGAAUCUUUAAAGGAUACUUACCAUCUGUGCUACGCCGCUGCUGUCACUGUAUGUGAAGCGACGGGAACAAUCCUAGGAAAAAACACAGAAAUAAGCAUCAGGAACAACAGAACCAAAGACCAAAUCCCUUCAUGGCAGAUAAGAAUUGAAAAUAACAUCAAUAAAACGAGACAAAAAAUAGGUAAAAUAUAUAAUUACCUGGACACCAGAACAGUUACAUCAAAGAAGUGUAAGAGAGACGCUGAAAAACUGUUAUUGAAAGAAGCAAAAAUCCCACCACGUGCCCCAGACAGAAGAGCCUUAGCACUAGUGUACCUAGACCGCUUAAAACAAAAGGCAGCCACCAUGGGAGCAAAAAUAAGACGAUAUCACGAAUCUAACAAACGUAAAGAGCACUUAAGAUUGUUUGAAAAAGACCAGAAAAAGUUCUAUAGGAAACUCAAUGAAGAAACAAAAAUUUCAAAUAAUGGACUGCCAGCAAAAGAAGACAUGUACAGAUUCUGGAACAGUAUGUGGGGACAAGGUGUAAACCAUUCCGACGAAUACUGGUUAGCAAAGGAGGAAGAUAGAAACCAGGAACUGGAACAGAUGGCUGAUAUAAAGAUAGAGAAAGAAGAUGUUCAAAAAGCUAUAGCAACAACGCAAAACUGGAAAACCCCUGGGACAGAUAAAUUACACAACUUUUGGCUAAAACAUUUCUCGGCAUUGCACGGACAUUUAGCAGCACAUUUUCAACGUUUAAUCGACCAUCCGGAAGAACUUCCUAAAGAGAUAUGUAUGGGAAAGACUAUUAUGAUCCCAAAAUCAGAAAACACUCAAGACCCAAAAGAAUACAGACCUAUUACUUGCCUGUCCAACCUAUAUAAACUCCUCACAAAGAUAUUAUGUAACAAAAUAACAAUGCAUCUGGAUACUAAUAACAUAAUAGCUAUCGAACAGAAUGGAUGUCGUCGAGGAUCAAAAGGCUGUCAAGAUCUGGUUAUAGACAAUGUAGUAGGACGGCAGGUCCAAGAUAAACAGAGGCAUAUGUCAGCUGCCUGGAUCGACUAUAAGAAAGCAUAUGACUCUGUUCCUCAUUCUUGGCUUAAAAAGGUUUUGGAAAUUUAUAAGAUUAAUCCAAAAAUUACAGAGUUUCUCAAUCAUGCAAUGACACUAUGGAAUACAAAACUAAUUGUGACUGGACCGAAAAAAACAUACGAAACGAGAACCAUAAAGAUAUUCCAGGGCGACAGCCUGAGUCCAAUCUGGUUUUGUUUGGCCUUAAACCCCUUGAAUAAGAUACUUUCAAACAGCAACUUAGGCUACAAGGUCACCAAGAGAAACAAAGUAGUACUAAAUCAUCUUAUGUACAUGGACGAUCUUAAAGUUUAUGCAAAUAAUCCCGAGCAGCUUCAAAGUCUGUUGGAAUUGGUAUCCCGUUUCAGUAAAUCAAUCCAUAUGGAAUUUGGCUUAUCUAAAUGUGCUACUGUACACUACAAAAAAGGUAAGCUGAUAAGUCAUGAGAAUGUUACACUAAUGGAUGGUACAGAGAUAGAGACACUAAAAACAUCUGCAUACAAAUAUCUUGGAAUGUUACAAACGGGGCAGAUCAAGGAUAAGGAAAUGAAGACCAGAAUGAAAAAUACUUACCUAAAGAGAGUGAAAACAGUUUGUAAAACAUACUUACCGGGCAGACAGAAGAUUGCAGCAGUCAAUAGAUGGGCAAUUCCCGUCCUGGCGCACACAUACGGUGUCUUGAAAUGGUCCAAAACAGAGCUGCAGGAAAUAGACAGAGCUACUAGGAGAACACUAUCUCAGUUCAGAUUGCACCAUCAGUCGUCUUCAGAAAUCAGGUUGUAUCUCCCCAGGAUCCAUGGAGGGAGAGGACUUAUCAAUGUUGAAAGAGCAUGCAACAGACAAAAUAACAAACUAGCAACCUAUUUUAUGCAAAGGGAUACUUACCUUCAUCCAGCAAUAUGCGAGCUUGUCCGAGGCUACUCUUCCUUGAACCUUGAAGUUCCAUCGGUUCAGGAACAGCUUCGAGGAAAGGCUCUGCAUGGAAAUUAUGCCAACGAAAGCCAGGCAGAAGGAAUUGAUAAAAGUGGAUCUAUACAAUUCCUUACAAACAUUAACCUUAUGGGAGAAACCGAGGGCUUCAUAUGUGCAAUACAAGAUCAAGUGGUUAGCACUAGAGCAUUAGCGAAUCCAUCCAACACAUCAGCUCUGGAUGUGAGAGUCUUUGCGUCAGUCCACUACACGGAAAGACACGACAACAUAGCAAAGAUUAUUCACCUGGAAAUGCUAAAGUACCUAAAAAUCAAGAACCCUGAAAAGAAAUAUUAUGAAUACAGGCCACAAGAAUUAGAGGAAAACGAACAUCAUAAAGUAUACUGGAAUACGCAAAUACAGACAGACAGAUCAGUAGUUCAUAAUAAGCCGGACAUUGUUUGGAUAGAUAAAAACGAAAAGAAAGCCUACUUAAUCGACGUAGCUGUACCACUAUAUCACAACGUAGUCAAAACUGCAAAGGAAAACAUUUCGAAGUAUCAAGACUUGGCUUUCGAUAUGAGGCAAACCUAUCAUCUAAAAGCAACCCGAGUAAUACCACUCGUCAUUUCAAGCAAUGGUCUGGUUCACAUUGAUUUUGAGAAGAACUUAAAGGAGCUGAAGCUACCAGAAAAUAUCAUAAGUCAAUGUAUUAAAGCAGCUAUUUUGGGUACGGUGAACAUAGUCCGCAGAGUAAUGAACAUGGAGCCUUGA